UAUAAGAAUCGUUGGUGCUCUUGAACGCAGCUCGUCCCGUGUUUCUGCAGCAGGAGAAAACGAAGCAGCAGCGAACUGGAACCAAGGUGAAACUUUUCUAACCUGGUUCGUGUUCGGGUCUAAUAAUUGCGAUCAGCUGAUUAAGUGCUAAUUGCGCGGCUGCUAACGGUUCCCCGCCCUCGUCCGUGCGCCCAGGAUGACGAGCCUCCAGAUGAGCGCGAAGGAGGAGAUGGUGGAGAAGUUUCUGGACGCUGCAGCCAGAGGAGACCUGACCCACGUGUCCACGCUGCUGUCCCACGCGCCCUCGCUCAUUAACCAGACGGGAUAUAGCGGCUGGACGGCGCUGAUGCUCGCGGCCCGAAACGGACACUACCACGUGGUGGAGAAGCUGCUGGAGCUCGGCUGUGACAAGUUCUUGGUGAACAGUUCCUCUCAGACCGCCUGCGAUAUCGCCAGGUUCUGGGGCCACAGACACAUCUCCAACCUGCUGGGACGAACCGACCACGGCUGCAGUCGGAUCCUCCCGAGCUCCAACCUGGACCCGCAGGAGAACUACUUCAGCAGAGAGACGCUGGACCGGCUGAGCGCCAAGAGGACCGACAAGACGUGGCUGGAGGCCAAACAGAGCCACGGAGACACCGUCUACCUCCUGUUCUCCAACCUCAGCCCCAUGGUCAGCGACGGCACGGCGGGGGAGGAGCUGAAGCUGUGUCGGUUCAGAUAUGAGGCCGUUAAAGAUCUUCUCCAGAAACCUGCGUCUGUGCUCGUCUUCCUCGGGGUGGAGAAGAGGAAGAGCGUCUCGCCGUCCUCUCAGGCCGAGCCUCCUGCUUGGUUCGCCAUCAGCGCGGACGGAGACGCCGCCGAGCUUCUGACACGGUGCCGAGAAAAGAGCUGCUCCUUCCCCAAGACCCCGAACAGAGACCUGCUGAAGUUCAGCGAGGAAGAGGCCGGGAUCGUGGCUCAGGCUCGGGCGGUGUUGGCCUGGCACAGCCGCUACAGCUUCUGUCCCACGUGUGGCAGCAGCACCAGCCUGGAGGAGGGAGGCUACAAGAGGAGCUGCCUCAACUCCCAGUGCAGGAGCCUCCAGGGCGUCCACAACACGUGCUACCCACGAGUCGACCCAGUGGUCAUCAUGUUGGUCGUCCACCCGGACGGAAACCAGUGCUUACUGGGAAGGAAGAAGGUCUUCCCUGUCGGCAUGUUCUCUUGUCUGGCUGGAUUCGUAGAGCCAGGGGAGACGAUGGAGGACGCAGUGAGGAGGGAGGUGGAGGAGGAGAGCGGCGUGACGGUCGGCCCGGUCCAGUACGUCUCCUGCCAGCCGUGGCCGAUGCCCUCCAACCUCAUGAUUGGCUGCAUCGCUGUCGCCAUGACGACCGACAUCAAAGUGGACGAGAACGAGAUCGAAGAGGCCAGGUGGUUCUCACGGCAACAGGUGGUUGAGUCCUUGUUGAAAGGAGCUGGUCCUUCCUUCACCGUCCCCCCCAGACAGACCAUCGCCCACCAGCUGAUCAGACACUGGAUAGGCAUGAACUCUAACCUCUAACACAUCCAGACAGGUCUGCUUCAUUCAGUCAUGAACAUCAUGAUCGAUGGCUCAAAGAAGAAGAGGAAACACGGACGCAGUUAUAUGAUCUGAAACCGAAGCAUCUGAGCCGAGGGGAGAACAACAUGUGUCAGCACAGAAGACUGUAAGAAAAUCAGCAGCUUCAUGUGGGAGAUUCAUUUAAAACACUUCUAACAUAUUUUAAUUAAAGUCGGAUUAAAGUUUGUUGCAGAUUCUUUCUACCUGAGAUAAAAACGAGCUUUGAAGCCAAAUAAUCGUCUGAAUUAACUAAUUAACAUGUGUGAAUCCUGAAGAGUUGGUGACAUGACACAAACUUUAGAACAAGAUGUAGAGUCUUAAUGAGUCAGAUAAGAUGAGAUGAGAUGAGUGAACUCGUUUAACCUCCACACUGAGAAACUAAUCAAAUAUCAUUCAUUUUAAUCUAUGUUAAUAAGGUGCACUGCAAAAUAUUUUGACGUCAUCAUUAAAACGUUCAUGAUUGUACAGAUAUAAAUGACAUAAAUACUGAAGCUGUAUGAUGUAUAUUUUUGAGCUGUGGUCAUCUGUUAAAAAGCGCUAAAAUUAAAAGUGUAAAAGCCA